UAGACGGCCGUUCAUUCGCUUAUUCGCUAUCUGCAGGACACGUGUAAACAGAAAAAAAAAAAAACAUAAAUAAAUAAAAAAACUUCACGCGCACCCGACCGCAACCAUGUCGACCUGUACCGCGAUAAUCCGUGAGUAAUAAUAAUACACACCUGUCUAAAUAAAUUCGCUUUUGAUUUUUUCGAACUCAAAACCGUAACACUCGAAUAUAUUCGGAAAAAAAAAAUACAAAUACAAAUACAAAUAUGACCAUAAUAAUAUAAUGCGCCCGUCCGCAUAACAUUAUAAUCGGUCUUGUGUUGUAGUAUUUCAAUUUUUUUUUUUUUCGAUAUAAUAUUGAUAAUAUAUUUUGAAAUUGGUUUUUUUUUUUUUUCAUUUUUUUGUCCGUGUUUUACAAUAAUUUUGUAUUUUACGAUUGUUAAUUGUUCGCUUCUAAAACCAUAAUGUUUUUUUUUUUUUUUUUUAACGGCUCUGUAAGAAUUUUCUAUUAGGAUUUUGCAAAACGAAUCGUUAUAACUCAAUAACUCUUUACACCAAUAACGUGAACCUAAUAAGCUCUUUUACGAUUAAAUAAUAUUACGCCAACAUGCCAUAUCUGAAAUUCUCGAAUCUAAUUCGUUUAAAAAUCCAUGAAUAUUUAAUAUUGUUGGGUUUAUUUGUACCCGAUUUGUCGAAUCUAUUAAAAUGUAUUAUUGGACAAAAAAAUACUAAUUAUUUCCAAUUUUUCCUUAAAAUAUUUUCUUAACAAUAUUAUUUGAGUAUUUAUUUUCAAAUACUUUUAAAAGAUAUCUUUCGUGUACAAUAUUCACACGAGUAAAAACGUGUUCCGCGAAGACAAUAUUUCAAAAAGUAUUUUUAACGAGACCGAAUAUUUAUAAUUAAAAAAAAAAAAAAUGUCAUUUAUUAUUAUUUAUUUUUUAUACGAUGUGUUUUUUUCCCGCAUACAGUGAUAUCGUGUUUGGUAGCGUCAGCGACGGCUCUACAAAAACUCACCGAACUGUACAGAUGGUCGGCGUUGGACUACACGUUUUCCAGUGACGAGCACAAAAACUACGCGCUCGAACGAGGCGAAUUCGUGCCGGAAAACAACUUGCCCGUCGGAAUCGAAGUGUGGAAAAACAAAUUGUUCAUUACCGUGCCGCGAUGGGCCAACGGUAAAUACUUUCAAUAUUGCAUUAAUUGUUCGGCUAGGUACCAAUGUUUUUUCUAACGGAUUAUAUUUAAAUCGGAUCUCGCAUACGUACCCGUAGAUUAUCGUAGAAAAAUUGAUUUUUUUUUUUUUUUUUUUUAUUACUAUUUAAUCAACAGUCAAUUAUUCCGUUCGGCUUUGACGGACAUUUUUUUGUUUAGCUGUUCCAUACGAGAGUUCUACUGUGAUUUAAAGUCGAUCGCUAUAAAUAUAACUAAGGAAAGUAUACGCAUUAUAGACCGAGUAACGUCUAAUGCGAUAAGAAUGUAGGAUUUCAGUAAAUUCUUCUUUUACCAGACGGAUUAUUUCAGAAAAUCCGAAAUUUUCCAAGUGAAAAUAAUGAAGUUUCCCGAUUCCUCCCCCCCCCCCUCAAAACAUUAUGUUUAUUUAAACCGACUUUUAAACUGUCGAUACGCAGUAAUUUUAAGGACUUAACGAUAUCACGUAAUAUAAGUGUAUUUUUUAAAGCAGAAAUUUCGUAAUAAUAAUCGUAACACGGUUCUAAUAUAAUAUUAAUAUUUACGUCGAAUCAUCGGUUUCGCCCAUCACGACUCGAUAAAUGAGAUUUUAGACCCUAAGUAGAGUAUUACGAGCUGAGUAACAGGUAUUCGUAUUUUGCUGCUACGACGGGUGUUUGUCGGUAUUUUUCUUUGGGGUGAAUGCGUGUUAAUAAUAAAUUUUCACUCGUUUGUAUAGUAGCUCGUCGGGUUUUUUUUUUAUUUUACGUAAGAAUAUACUUGAAAAUAAGAACGCUGCGAGAGCGUUUUAAAAAAUACAAUGUCAAUUUUUGUACAGAUAUUUUUGUUAGCAAAUUAUCGAAAAGUUCGAAAAAAAAAUUCUACGAAGUCUUACACGUGGUAUACGUAUUUCUAUAUAAUUUAUGAAAUCGAAUUUGUGUUAUUUUAUUAUAGUUUCAGUUUAUUUAGAAUAAAUUACCGCGCGAUACCAUCUGGGAUUUCUAAAAACUUCUCGGAUUACUAUUAUACUGAAUUUAAAUUUUUUCUCGGAUACCAUAUCGUUUAAUUUGCAAACACCGUUAUUGUUGUUGAUCGAUUAUAAUGGCUAUGUAUAUUGUAUAACCUCAUUUUAAUUUAAAAUUUUGGCGACAAUUUACACACAUUAAACAACAUAUUAUUUUGUGUUACAAUAAUCGUUGAACUUUUUUUUCCAACUCAUUACAUGGGCUGAACUCGUAUUCAAAACACGUCCUCGUAGACAUAAAAUAACAUGAAUAUAAUAUAUGUAUAUAGUUUAGUCGCGACUAAACUUUUGCAUUCAUCCUACUAUUUUGGCUAAUAUAACCUGAUUCAAGUCUCAUAUCGAUGAUGAUAUUUUAUAAUGAAUUUUUCGUUUUUCAUAUUGUUUACGCAAGAUUUAUGUUGUUGAUCAUUUUUCGUAAAAUUUCUAACUUAAUUGCAGGUCAAUUUUCAAAAAUUUAAGAUUCAAAAGAAAAUUAAAAAACAUUAUUUUUUUUUAAUUGCCAGAGGCAAUAUUGUAAUUGAUUUCGUGUUUAUUUUUUCCACUUCUUUUCAAUAUAAUGCAAUUUAUUUACUCAUAAUAACUUACAUAAACAAUAUAAAUAUAAAUACGAAUAUUUUUGGAACUUCGUUACGAACCGUAUGAACUUUUUUUCGCCAUGGUACUCCAGCACAUAAUUUAUUAAAAAUAAAUUUGAUUCAUAUUCAAUACAGAGUUUAAACAUGACAUUUGGUAAUGCGUUUUCUUACGAUUUUCAAUAAUAAAUUAAUUUUUAAUAACAUUUUCAUAAUUAUUUAAAAACAUUUUUUUUAAUCAUGUUAAUCGAAUUGUUGUUAAUCAUUUUUUUAAUGCAUUUACUGUACGUUGCUUAGCUCUAAUUAUUGUUAAAUAUAUUUACUCAAUUAUGGAUACAGAGAAAAAAACGUUCUUGCAAUUUAAAUUUCAUCAGUCUACUCGAAUAAAAUGAAACAAAAGAAAUUGCGUAUGUUCCAGUAGUCCGUUUAGUGUGUUAACGUGUUUGCGCAAGAAAUAGGGGAUAAUAAAAAAAAAAAAUAAUAAUAAUAUUAUAUUAUAGCGAUCAUAUAACGAUUAUUAAUAUUGUUACGUCCUAAAAACUGCGGUUUGUACGAUACUAUUAUAACCAUAGCAACGAACGGUGGGGACGGACAGAUAUAAUGACCGAGUCACGGAUAAUAGACAAUAUGGGCGUGUACCAAUAACAUUAUAGGCCGAAUAUAAAAAUAAAUAAGUAAAACAAAAAACCGUUUUCUAUAGGUAGUCGAAAUCAGGGGAGGACUGGGACUAAAAAAAGGUCACCGGGAUCCAGAUUUAACGUGGCCACAUCUGUAUAUUGUUUGCAUACGAAAUAUUUGUAUACAUAAUUAUACAUUACUAUUAUCAUGGAAAAAUUAGUAUGCCAGUGUUAUACCUGUAAUUAUGUAUCACUAUUUUAUAUUUUGUUGACUGCGAAUUCGAAUCACUCUAAAUAAUAUUACGGCAUUCCGUUUUCUUUUCGUUUCAACCGACGCGGUUCGAUUCUCGGCAGUUGGUACCGAAACGGAGUAGACCCACGGCGGGGUUGAUUUUCGCUGUACAGUAAAAUUAUCUAUUGUAAAAUUGAUAGAGAAUAAUAUGCCAAAGGUCAAGAAGUUAUGAUUUUUUAAGAAAAAAAUAUUUUUUUCAAAAGUUUGAGUGAAUUAAAAUGUGUCGAAAAAGUCGUUAUUGAUAAACGGCAAAUUGACUGUUUAUAUUCAAAGAAAAUGAAGACAAAUGGAACAUCUUGCCCUCCGCAAUAUUAUUCUUUAUCAAUUUCAUAGCAAGUGCUUUUACUUUAAAACCAAAACCAAGCGAGUUCUGUGUAGUCUAUACCGUGCAUUUGCAAGGCGCAAAUAAUAAAUGCUUGUGUAGCGUCCUUUUAACCUAUCGUUGGUAAACACGUGAGUGCUUACACAGUUGGCAUUUUAGAAAAACCACGAGUAACGGUAGCUAGAAAAACGUUUCUCCUAUAUUGCGCCUUAACUAAAAUCAUGUGAAUUCUUGCAAAUUGCAUGAUAAAUAUUGGAAUAAAAAAAAAAUUGAAAAUUUACAAAUGUGUAAAACCGCUUUUUACCAAGUGCCGGAAAGUGUCGUGUAAACGUCAGAUCGUGUCGUGCUAAUUCGUGCUAAUUAGAUGCUACUUAAAUAAUGGCGUAAAAAUAUAAUUUAAAUUUUCGAAUAAGAAGACUGGUACGUAAAAAAAAAUUUAAAAACUCCCGAGUAGAUUUGAAGAUUUACCUAUACGUGGUUUUUUUUAUUUUUACGCAUUUUAAAGCUGUCCUCCGACUAGGGACGCCGGGGUGGGGUGGGCGAAAUGUAAUUCAAAGCAACCGUUUUGAGUGUAGUCAAAAGGCGAGUUGAUCGGCGGCGUGCGUGCGCGCGGAGAGGAUAUAUACGUACGUAAAUAUAGAGAGGAUCCUCUUCGACUAUUGUUAUUUUAUUGCAGCCCGAGCGAAUUUCCCUAGAGUGAAAUGUAAAUGCACACAUACGCCGCCAGAGGAGAAGAAGUGUCCUCUUUUACUUAUUGUAUACAUGUAUAAAUUGUAUACAUAUAUACCUCACCUUAUCCUUAAAAACCGUCAUACAGCUAGCUAUAGCGGGUCUCUCCGGAGCCAUCGCGAAAUAUAAAAAGAAACGUUUAAAAAUUUCGUUAUCUAUAGUAUUAUUAUAUACGUAUACCUAAUAGUAAUGUAUCUACCCCUCCUCCCCGCCCACCACCCGAGGUAAAAUUUCGACAUUUUCAAAACAUAUACACAGAACGGAUAUAUUGUGAUAUAUUUGCAUAUAAUAAUGUGAAAAAUUAAGUAAAGCGUAUAAUAUAGCAAUAGAGUUAUUAUACUCGUAAAUGAUGUUUAAUCCCGAUUUUCGAAAAAAUCGCAAAUAAAAAAAAAAAAAAGAGCCGAUACUAUUGACGGGUGUGCCAUUGUUACAGGCGGGAAGUUGGAGAGGUAGGAUACCUUGAGGACCCUAAAUAAAAAAUAUUCGAUUUCCCGAUACAAAUAUCCUUGACGGUUAUAUUUAAAAUAAAAUACCGAUAGAAAUAUUUUCGUGAAAGAAUGUAUUUAAAAUACCUAUUAGAAUAUAAUAUAUUUGUAUUUAAAUACUCAUACUCGCAUAUCUCAAAUAUUAUUUAAUGUACACCUACUUAGAAAUAUUUAAAUUUAAAAAAUAAAUAAAUACAAAAUUGAAUGUAUUAUAUCGUUUGCGAAAACCAUUUAUAUAGAAAUCGGCUAGUGUAUAGCGUGUGAUUCGGCAGAGAAGAGAGAGAGAAAUUGAAAAAUAUAUUCGAACCCCUAUUACGUAUAAUACGAGAGUAUAAUGUAUAUACAGGGCAGUCGUCGAUUUUUCAGUACUUGUUAAUGAUACGUUAUCAAUCGUUUGCCGACCAUAUGGCUAUCUAUGGCUAUGUAUGGGUUUUUAAAAUAUCGUGUUUUGCUUAUAUCGUAAAAUAUUAAUCGGUCCAAAGCGGCGCGUGCGUAUACGCGAUCGUUACAACAGUGUUGAAUAAUAAUAACGAAAUAAUAACAAUUGUGUAACUUAUGGUCAAAUGUGUUUUUCGUUCAAAUAAAACUGUUACGAAUAAUAUGUAUCGGUAUUACGUGUAGCAUGGUAACAAAUAAAUCGCACGUCAAAGUAAUAUGUCGACUCAUGCGGCAUUCUCGAUUAAUUGUUAUUGAAAAAUUAAAGAAAAAAAAAAAAAAACAAACAAACAAAACCUGAUACUGCUGAUGACCGAUGUGUGGCUGAUUCGGGUGAAAAGUUUAUAGCGUAUAGGGUAAAUUAAUAUUUUAUUAUACAUUUGAAAUUUAUUUUGCUCGAAAAUCGUCGGAAUAUUUUGAAAAUUGUACAACGUCAACAAUGAGCUUAAUAAAAUUAUCCUAUAGAAAUUUCAGGUUUCUACGAAUACGAUAGUCUACUGGUUACAAUUAAAACACAAAUUUGAAAAUAACAAACUCCGUUGGGUGUACGUACAUUUUUCCGGUUUUCCCACGUUAUUAUGGAAACUACAAGGAAAAUUAACAAAAUCAAAUCAUCAGCUCACCAACUACACAUAAUUUGCUACGUUAACGUUCCUAUGUCGGAUUUUGUAUGGAGCAAGAUUUCUGGUAGAAAAUUUAUUAUAACGGCACACACAAAACGAAUUCAAAAACGACACACACCAUAAUAGUUAUACGAAUACAUUACUCGCUUCGCCCAAAAACUAAAUUUGUACAAGUUUUUGUAGUCGGACCGUUUUAGAAUUGACUACUGAUGCUGGUUUUUUUUUUUUCUAUUGUUGAACCAUUUUUCAAAUGUUCCCCGCAACGAAUAACCGUCUUUCUGUAACCGAAAACCAAAAAAAAAGCAAAAAAAUGGAAUUCUGUAUUCGUUUUGAAAAAUAUUGAUCAUUAGCUAUAGCUGAUUGCAUUAACCCUAUUGCAUUUUUUCCUGCACGUUCUGAGUUGAACCUAAAAAUCACGUGUGUUUGUCUUUAUCGAUUUUCACGUCUUUGUGCGUGUAGUUUUCCUACAUUAAUUUAGGAGCGUUAAAAACUCGUUUUUUCAUAUUAAAUUUUACCUAGUUAGAAAACAAAAACUUUUAAUCACACGGUUUUAUUUACGGAAAAUCGCGUUUUAAACCGUUUUCGAUAACUUUUUUUAAUGAUAUUCCUUAAAACAUUGUUUGAAAUUAUGCAUAGACGCGUAGUAAUACAUAUGUUCAUAAGAUAUGUAAGAUACGGAAAAUGAAAUAACUUUUUAAUAAAUUCCGGACGCUCGUAAAAUGAUUGUACAUAUUUUAACGGCAUUAUAGUUCGAUAUAAAAUUAUUUUACGAAGAGAAAUUAAUUUCGCCAUUUCUGUUUUCCGACUCCGAAUAAUAUAACAUACUAAUAUAAGUUCUGUACGUUAUACCGAACGAAUAUUAUAGUACCGUGUCGGAAAACGGGCGACGGUUACGGCGGUAUAAGCGAGCACGUCUUCCGGUGCGGUACCCAUGCAGACGAACCGAAAUUUUGUGAAACGGCACAGUCGCUAAAGAAAAAGAGGAAAAAAAACCGCUAAAUAUUUCAUUGAAUUCCAAACCGUAAAAAAGUCGCGGGACAAAAAAAAAAAAAGAAACGCGACACAUCACAUAAUAAUAUAACCUCGCGAUAAACAAGUACGUUUUAUUUUUAUCGAUAUUUCGAGUGAUGCGGCCCGGUGCCCGUGGUGCAUAUACCUAUAUAUUAUGUCCUAUACGUAGCUACUAUGCCAUUUGUUUUGCGUCUACGAUAAUAUGUUGGGGAGGGGGCGGGGAGGUCGAGUGUUCGAAUGCCGCACAUACGAAAGAUCGUAUCUGUUCGAAAUCGCACGGGCACUGUCGUAAAACGCGCGAUAGUCGACGAAUAAUUGACGAGACGGUUCCGAAAAAUUCCGAACGAACCCUACGAAUACCUAUACGUACUAAAGAGCGAGUUGUUCGAGGCCACGAACAAUUACAUUGAAAAAAAAAAACUACAAAUGCGAUGAGAUAUACAUCAUUAUAGUUUUAAUAGACUAAAAAAAUCCACACUAAAAAAUAUUAUUAAUUUUUUUUUUUCGUCUUUUAUUAUUAACACGUUCGAUAUACAUUAUCGUACGGACGGUAUUUCGUACAAAAGCGGAAUCGUAUGCACGAGAGAAUAGGUGUUUGGAGAGGGGGUCGAAUACCCACUCCAAUUGCCUAUUUUUUAUGUAAACCAUUACACGCACACGCAAAUUUAUAUAUAGCUUUUAAAAUGAAAAAAAAAACCACCUCGCAAUAAAACUGUUAGCCACUGAUUAACUCCCACUCCGCAAAAGUUAAGUACGCAACUGCAGUACACGUCUCGACGUUCAAAGUUUCGAACAAACGGCAUUCGAACUCGUGAUUUUCGAACGCACGACAAGUUACACCUAUAGUGUACUAUGUAUAUAUGCGUAGGUAAGCGAAAUCCAAAAUCUAGCGGCACAAAACAAUAUGCGCGAAACUUCUCGCAAUGACAUACGCGCAAACCUGCCGAGGUCGAAUUUAACAACGAAUAUGAAAAGGAUAGGUAUACAAUUUAAAAAAAAAAAAAAAAUCCGAUUACGGGUUCGCAUAACUGCAGAAUAAUUUUAUGAUAUUAUACGCUGUAAUUUCUUCGACGACCUCGCGUGACCUCUCCGCGAAGAUCAAUUAUUAUAUUAUUAUACGUCAUUUUUUCUCUGUGCCUUGACUUACUUGUACAAUAUUAUUAUUGUAAUGCCGCACACCGGACACUCGACGCGAUAAAGAUAAAGAGAUCUACACAACAACUGUAAUAAUAUAGUAAUAUAGACGUACUUCAGACGUGAUAGUAAAGAAACUAAUAACAAUAAUAAUAAUAACGGGGGUUUCAAUGUUUCGGUUGUGGAAAAAAAAAUAUUAAAAUCAAAUCUAGAAUAUCUACGAUUGCACAACGCACGAUAUUCGUCAGCAGUAUCGCGAACGCGAAUCCACGCAGUUACCUAUGUAUACAUAGUUAUUUUUAUUUUUUCGUCAUAAACCUAAUAUUUUUAUUAUAAUGUUGGCCUUGGACCGGGUUUUUUUUUUUUUUUUUUUUUUAAUAAGUGCGUACGACGACAUGAUGUCUGGAUUGGAAAUAUCGUUGCCGGGCGUUAAUAACCACUCUGACCGGGUAUCAUAUUAUAUUAUUAUGAUUGCAUAUUUUUACUAAUACACCAAUAAUCGCGUGUUAUGUAGACCGUAUAUUGAAACAGUUUAAACCGAAUUAGGAGUUUUACUGGAAUACGAGUAGGUAUCUCACACGUCACCGGACGUUACCUCAUCGCCUAUAUCGACUAUUUAAAAUGUGUAUUCUUAUAUUUUAAUACGUACAAACUUGCACAAUGACGCAUACAUUUCGCUGAAAUUAUGAUUUAUAAUACACCUAAUGUAUUCAUACUUAGUUAUUUAUUAUUUAUUUAACAUCUGAAUUCGACCGAUACAUAUAUAGAUACGCGUUAAGACAUUUCCGAUUUUUAUAACACAGUUACAUUGAAUCGAGUUAAUUUAGGAGAAGGAGGAACGAAUUAUGAAACACAUACUACUUAAUUUGUACAAUUAACUAGGUUGCACGGUGAUAAUACGUGAAGUUUUCAAUCAGCUUUCAGUAGGUCUUGAUUUGUGGCCCGUCGCCCUUAUCGUUCAAUUUUAUAUUAAUAUGAUAACUGUAUUUUCUGGUCUUGGUCACGGCAAUUAUAACGGUAAAAAGAUAGACACAACGGUGGCUGAUAAAAAUAGUUGAUAACAUCCACGGCCUGAUAAAAAAAAAAAAGGUGGUUGUUGUGGUGGAUUCAAACAAAUCUACUGGCAAAUAUGUCUGAAUCGAAUAAUAUGUGUUAACCUAAUCUAAAACCCGCAGUGUAGGGACAAUUUUCGGAUCCUGAAGUUCAAUAUCAUUUUGACUGAUUGAUUCAUUGAUCACUGUUUUCAAAUUUUUUUAGAAAUUUAUAAACAUGACAUUUUACUAUUCGAUGAGAAUACAGAAUCAUCGUGAAUUAUAUGGUGAAAUCUCUCUUCGUUGCGUUUCACACUCGUAUAAAUAUACGAGUUACGUAUAUACGUAUAAUAUUUUACGGUUACGACGAUUUUACCCUCUAGGUUUCAAUGAGUUAUAUCGCACCAGAUUUUGUUGCAUCUUUUUUUCUCUACCAUACUAUCUACCUACACUUACAUCAUCGGUAAACGAAACGAGAAAAGUAUCGUCAAAUAAUUAAAUAUAAUGACGCAUCGUAAAAAUGAAAAACAUCACGUUACCCACCGACUAUGAGGUUCGCUCUAUACUCGCGUUAAACCAGUUUCGCAUUGUUGUAUGUCAUAUUACCUACGCGUUCAAAAGGAAUGAUAAAUUAUAUCAUCGCAAUCGAAAAAACGAUUCCGAACCGAAACUCGUUUCACUAUAAAUGUUCGUUAAUGGAGUGUUUCGGAUUUAAAAAAAUAUACCUGCAUUACCUAACAAAUACGAUACUAUUACAAUAAUCGCAUAAUACGAUUUAACGAAGAAAAAUAAUGACGUAGGUAAUAAUACGAUUCGUUUUACCGAAUAACCUUUCCAUAACCGAAAAAAAUUAAAAAUUCACGUUUCGAAUUCCGUUCUCGUGUUUUCUGAUUUCAUAAAUAAUUAUUAUCUCUAGAGCUUAUUGGAAAAAUAAUUAAUUACUUAUGCGGGUAAUCGAUGAUAAAAAUAUUGUUCUGGAACUAAAAAAAAAGUUAUAUAUAUAUAGAUUCCGAGCAAAAUAAAAAUGUUGGUUUUGCGAUUUUGCGUUUUAAGAAAAAAAAAAUUAUAAUAAUUUGUUCACGUUUGUGUUGCCUGCACACUUUCCCAUCAUAUACCUAUAAUAGGUGCCAAGAAAAGAUGCGGAUUUUCACCCUAAAGGUGUUUUACGUGAAUAGAUUUGUCCAUAGAUUCCCGAUACUUGUUCUACGGAAGAUUAUAAAAUUCUAUUAUUAUAAUGUAAAAUGCAUACUACAAUUAUACGAUUUUUGAGAUUUGCGAUUUUCGUGGCACACUAUUAUAAUUAUCUGUCAAAAAAUACACUUUGCCAAAGAACAUAAUAAUUAUAAUUUUCCGAGCAUUAUCAUUCUUGAAUAACUGCUAUACUGCAGACAAACAAAUCGCGGACAACACCACGGAAUAAUAUCCUCAAAAAAUGCUGAAAUUAAAAACGAAAACAAAAUCCUGACAAGAAAAGAGUUUACAUUAUAUACAUUAUAAUAUAGUUUUCAAAAGAAUUCCAAUUACAAAACAUCAAAAUGCAGUAAUGGUGUCAAAACUGCAGUGGAAAAGGUGUGUUGCGAUAGUUCUCGCGCGUGGCGUUAAAAAAGAAACAAUAAUCUAAAAAGUAAAAAAGUAUAAGAUUUGAAACGAACAAAAACGUCGUGCCCGACUUAAAGCGCUGACAAUUAUUAUGUUUAUUUCGGAAGAUAUAAUAUUAUACUUGGGACAAAAUAACAUUUUCACAUCGUCGCCGUUCGUAUAUUUUAAAAAUUUUUGAAUUUCCAGAAGAAAUUUCCAAAAAAAAAAACUUAACUAAUAUAAACAAGGAUUUAUAGAUCAACAUUGCCAAUACUGUAUUUCUAGUACUCCUAAAAAUACAUUUGCAUAAAAUUAUCAAGAAACGUUUCCAAUUUUUACAUAGAUAGUAAAUAUGGCGUAAGUAAUCACAAUUUCCUCCCUCACACUUAAGUUCGGAUUAACACAUUUGGAGGCUCCAUAGCAAAACUUUUCAACGAGACCCUCGACGAGAAUAAUAAAAACUAAAUUGUUUAAAAUGAAAACAAUACAUAAUAUAAUUUAGUAGUUUCCACUAAAGGUCAUCAACGAAAUCAUAUUAUAAGCAAUGAAAUAUCAAAAAAAUACAAAGUCACUGAUUAAAUGCGUGGAUAAAGAACAUAAUAUACUGUGACAGAAACUAAGGCCCCUGGAAUUUCAUGGCCCGGAAACCAUGGCCCCCUGGAUCCCUCUUCCCAUAAUCUGGGCUUGUGCUCACUCAAUAUUUGGGAUUCACAAGUCGUGUGGGGGGAGGAGCUUCAUCAGUCGACCUCCCCGCAGUACUAUACUUUUAAUAGUUUUAAUUAAACCGUAAAUAAAAUAUUAUGGAAUAUAAAAUUAUUACCAAACUGGGCUGCUAAAGUUUUAUUAAAGAAAUAAUUGACUAUAGACUUAUACUUAUAACCAUUUGGUUAUAUAAUAUGUAUAUAGUCAUAAUCAUUUUCAUAAAUCGUCUAUUGAAGCCUCGGAAUUAAAUUUGUGCACUAAAUAGAAAUUAUGAACAUAAAAUAUAAACUAUAAACUACCCACAGUCAAAACGGGCCGAAUAAAGUAUAGUUUAUUGUUUAUCGAAUUUGAAAUCAAAACAGCAAAUAACAUAUCGGAAUAUAAUAUAUCAGCGCUUAGAAAGUUCAUUUUAAAAAGGAAUUAGUUCACUUUCACGGUCAUCUUGUUUAAAUGUAACUAAUUCCAGGCUCGUUCUAGGAUUGAAGAAAAAAUCUAGCUGCUAGUUCCUCGCUCCUAACUAAGGAACAUUUUUCGAUUCUAAAAUAAUUCUUGAAAAAUGAACGCAAUCAUUGGAACGAGUUCCUUAAAAUACAUUCCUUUCAAGCGCUAGGAUUAUGUUAAACAUUUUUAACCGUGAAUAUAAAAAUAUUAUGUACCUAUACUGUCGAUCGUAAAAAUAAAUAUUAGUACACAGAUACUAUAGUUGUUUAUUGACAGUAAAACCUGGCGUUUCGUCCACAAUAAUAUUCCAAUAUUAAGUGUUUUUUAAAUGAAAAACAUUUUCGAAAUACGAACUGUAAACUAUUCGGAUCUAAAUUCUGUUGAAUUAGAAUUUAUGUGGCGGCUAAUUGUUCCGAAAUAAGAGGGCUAUCUGUGAUAAUAUCAAUACCGUACAUGAUUAUAUCGUGAUGUACCGAACAUGCGCACUAGCGCACUUUUUUCGACGCACGAAUGAACAUUUUAAACGAUAAAACACAAUAUGGCCAUAUUAUGAUUUAAAUAAGUGACGAGAGUGCUUUUCGCGGUAAACGUCAAUAGCGCUACAGUCGAAUAAUUAGAUCCCGAUAUAAUAUGCAUACCAUACGGUAUGUUUUUUCACGUUAUAGGUAAGGUACGGUAAAAAUGUCUUAAAAGGUUUUGUAUUGAAAUUAUAAAAUUAAUUCGUGUACUUAAUAAUAAUAUUACUUAUCCCGAAAAAAUUACCGUCAAAUACGCAGUGUUUUUUUUUUCUGUUGUUGUUGAGACAAUAAUCAUAAUAAUAUUAUACCAUACCAAAGAGUGAGUAGGUUUUUCUCGUGGCUUUUCGUCCCAUCGUCGUCGCGGAAAACCGUCGCUCCGAAACUUUUGGCAGAGCCGCUAAAAAUUACGAGCCGUCAUUGUUCGCCGUUCGAGUUUUUACUUCCGAGGAGAUAAUUAUUAUUUCGCGUCCCGAGCUCUUUAUAUACGUACAUAGUACAUAUACACAGAUGUACAGCUAAACCAAUACCUCUCUAACAAAUGAAAAAAAAAAAAGAAGAAAAAAACAUCAGCUCGGUCCCUUUGCAAACAAUAUUCUUAUCUCCUUAAACUUAUUCCUGUGUGGCGGUGACCUCGUGUCCGGGUAUUUCUUUCUCUCUCCCGCAGCAAUGCAUUUUCACAAUAAUAUAGUAUGCAAUUUUUUUCUCCCGUUUUAUUACGCGUCUUAUAUUAUUAGAAUAUUAUAAUAAGAAGACGACACGGUUUUAUAAUAUUUUUCGUGUCUUACAUUUUUUUUUUUUUUUCCUAUUAAUAUUAUACGAGUAUAUUUAUACUCCGGGAGUAGGAAAAAUUGUGAGACUAUGGGUAAAGUAAAGUAGCUAAAGAGCUAUUAGUUUCUAUUUUUUCUUUUCCGGUUACCGUUUAUAAGACUUAUAAACAAGCUUGAAAGGAAAAAAAUGGUUCAUUACAGGCAAUUUUUUUUUAUGUAUAUGUAUAUAUAAGUAGGUAAUUAUUGAACGCAAUUUUCACUUCUGAGAAACUAUUAAUUCACCCGCCGUUUGAUAUACUGAAAAAAUUGUAUUGAGCUAAAAAAAAAAAAAAUAAUUACACAUAAGUUGAAUAAAAUCGAUGUAAUCAAUAAAUUUAUCAAAGUACUCGCAUCUAUGAAAUUUGGACUAAUUACCAGUAUAAUACAUUCACGGAGAUUGAAACACACACAUACACACAGAGAAGCACAAUGUCAGGAGUGCGCUAUGAUGACGUUACAAAUUGGCAACACUUAAUUUUAUAUUUUUCAUUAUUUCUGUUUGAUAUUAACGAAUUGUCGACCAAAAAUCGUGUUGCUAGAAGAACUACAUAGAAAACUUUCUGGUAUCAUUUUUUCUCCCUUAUAUUUUUUUCGAUAAAUGGAAAAAACUGGCGAUUAUUCAUACAAUUUUUGUUGAUUUCUAGGUGACCUUUUGAUAAAAACGGAACAAAUACGACUUGUAAUGCUCUAAUCGUCGUUACUAAUAGUCUAUCAUUGUUUCGUACGGAUAUAAAUAAAUAAUAAUAUCCGGCCAGCAAUUAUUUUCCGAUCGAAAAUUGUAUUGAGGACUUUUUUAAUAGCGAAAUUUUGUCUGUACAUAUUGAUGAAUUGUUUUAUUUUUUAAUUUUCGCGGAGUUUUCUGAACUACGGCGGUAAAAAUCGUCGGACAAAUGGGGUUUCAGUUCUCUUCGAUUUCGGGCAUUUGUAAUUCUAAGGCGUAAGAACAAUCGUGAUCGUCAUGAAUAUUAUAACCGUCUCGUGUACAACCCGAAAUUACUAAAAGACAACGAUAAUAACGAAUGAUCCUUCAGCGGUUGUGCGUAUACUACUUUCUGCCUAUUUAUACGCAUUACUAUAUUACGCAACGGUUUUUUAAAACGGUUGUAUUCGAGCAUUGUAAUAUUAUAAUACAUAAGUAUUGCAGAUGAAAUUAGAAAGGCAAGUGAUAUACGCCAACGCGCUUAAUAUUAAUCGAUGCCGUAUUAACAAAAAAAAAAUUAUUUAAAAAUGUCGGCCUUCAUAAAUAAUACGUAAUAUCAUUGUUGUAUUCGGAGUCGCAUUAAAAAAAAAAAAAAAAAAACGGAUAAAAACGAGUUCAAAUAUACAAUUCGGAAUAUAUUACCUACCGCGUAUAUGCAAUAUGCAUAUACUUUAUAGCGAAUGAUGUUUUUUAGGAGGUUUUUCGGUCCUAUACAUACGCGCCCCGAAACGACAAAAAUGCGCUCGCGAUAAUAUUUGACGGAAUAUUUUAACGCGAGCGAAAUCCGAAAGAGGAAAAAAAAUAGCCAGGUACCUAAAAAUAUUAUACGUAAGCAAGCAAUACAUUUUCCAUAUACGCACGUAGAUAACUCCGAAAUGACAGGCCGCCGUCGUCGUUGUAUGCAGCUGCGUGCAAUUUUUCCUCCCGUUUCAGAACCGGAGUCGGAGAUAGGUGGGCAGGCGGGCAGGUGGGUAGGUAUACGUGAUUUUCGAAUGCGUGGUGUGUCCAAAAUCCUGCGCGGGCACACGCGAUUUGAAUAUAAAUGUCGCGCAUGUAUAAUACGUGUACGCGCGUUUGGCCGAUUUAUAUAUAUUUUAAAACGCACGAAUGUUCGCACAGUGUAAUAAAAUUAUAGCGUCUAAUACAUUAUUAUUUUUCUAUUAAGGCGCGUUAUCAAAAAUAACAAAAAAAAAAGGUUAAAAAAAAAAAACACACACACACAGCAAUCACAAUCAACCGAGAGCAGAGCGGAGUCGCCACCAUCGACGGAUGGCGACGUAUCUCCGCUACGCGGCCGCCAAUUCGUAAUUGUUCGUAAACGGCGUGAUUAUGUAAUUUGAUACACGGCAAUUGCCGCGUUUAUCCGUAACGUCAAUUGAUUUACCGGGGCGAUGCCGGGUCGGCCGUGUAGAACGGGAAAACGCGACAUUUUAAAACACGAAUUUCUCGUUCCCGUAAUGUUCCGAAGCGUCGGAAAUUCAAACCGAAUGUUGGUAAAUUUACCUAUAUAAUGUAUUUACGGUUGAAUUUCGAGUUUUCUUCCGACAACCGCAGACGGAUUUAAUCGAAUAUCGAAUAGAAAACAAUCGUUAAAACGGCCAUGGUGGCCACAAUGGCGAUCUACUUGCCGAUAUUUCCCGGCCUGUACGUUACGUUUCAUGUAUCUUAUUAAAUUAUCAUAACAUUACGUAUCGGAACACGGUAUUAAAUGGUAAAACGCGUUAAGGUGGACAAAUUAUUUUCGUUUUUAACCGAUUCGGUUUUAGGAAUUUGACGAAUUCUGGUUUUUUUUUUUUUUUCUUAAAGAGGCUACAUAUUCCGAGUGAAUAAUAUUCGAAUCGUGUGACCGUAACAGAUUUUCGUUUUGCAUUUUUCGUUAUAUUUCCAUUUUUUUAUUUAUUUAUUAUUAUUAUUAUUAUUUUUUUUUUUUUUUUCAAGAGCAUUAGUAUCGGACUAAUUUCGGAUUUCGAUUCAGAAUACACAUCGAUUACCUGAAAAACCGCGCGCAUUUUCCCCACGUUUAUUACAUUUGCAUUUAUUUAAAUAUUUCAAACGUUUGGUUUACCACGCCUGUACUCGUACACAAAUUUAUAUAUAUAUAUAUAAGUAUUGAUCGCAAAACAUUUAUUCGUUGUCGACGGAGUAUAAUGCAUAGGACAAUAGGACACCUAUACUGUAGACAUAAUAAUAGUAGGUACAGAUCAAAGAAUCUAUUUUUUUUUUUUUUUUUUUUUUUUUUGUCCGGGUACACUAUUGAGUCACGCGAUGUCUUUGUGAAAACGGAAGAAAUAUCGAAUAAAUUUGAUACUGAAACAGGGUUACGGCCAGCCACGUAAGUAGGUAUUACUGUGCAGCAGCAGAGCCGGUUUAUAACCCGUUUUGGUGGUUUUUUUUUUUUUUUGUUUUUUUAUCUAAUUGUUUCGGCUAUUCUCUGUUUGUCCGACGGCGUCACUAUACGUGUAUACCGUUGUACACGGUGAAUCGGAAACGAAAAGAUCGGCCCGUCGGCCGGCCAAUACGCUACGUAUAUACGCCCGAAUAGACAGUCCGACGGAACGCGCGCGUUUAAAACGCAUUUUUAACCUUUUCCGGCCUCUCCCCCCCCCCCCCCCCCCCCCCCCCCCCCCCUCGCACCCCUCCCAUCCGACCUCGGUGUGUGUAUACAAGACACAGAUCCGCGAAAACACAAUCGCCGGAAACUCGGUGGAAAAACACGCGCGCGCGCACCGCUCCCGGGUAAAAUGCGUAUUUAUUUGUUCGUCGUCGCACAAACGGCGGCGGUUUCGAAAACGGUGCGCGCCGCGGCCGUUCGCAGUCGAAUGGGCUUACGGGUUGAUGUUUGUGUACGCGCACGGCCCGCACCCGCGCGCAAUACUAAUUGGUCGAUUUAGCGGGUCUCCAUUUUCGACGGUUUCUAAUUUGUCUGGACAACGGACCGAAAUCCCGGCGGAGGCGUAGGCCGCGCCGCGACGACCGCGCCGCGGUAACCGUGAAAAAACGUCUGCGCUCUGUUACAUUACGCGUUUGCCCGGAGACCGCGAAAACUCCGGGGGAGGGGGAACAAAUCGAAAAUAACAGUUGGACCCACUACGCCGGUUCGUUUUUCUCGUUUUCGAAAACAAUUAAUGGAUAACGCGAUGGAAAUCCGUUGAAAUCGUCCAACGCUACACCGCCCGUGCACAGUAUUACAAUAACAUUAUAUACGAUGCCGGUCGAAAUCGGUUAUCGGUACUAUAAUAUAAUACGUUGUCGCGUCGAAAUUCACGGCGUAAAUACAAUGUUUCAUUGAUUUUAGUCGGUAUACAAUUUGCGCUCUUGGCAUAAUAAGACCGCCGACUUCGUAUACCUCUUAUAGGAGUCUACAUCUUACAAUCGGCCAACAAUAAUUCGUACAGUGUAUAUCUGUGUUGCAGUUGCAUUUCACGCCUAACAUAGAAAUCCCACUGUGAUAAAGCCCACUGUCAGACGAACACUUUUUGACACUUUUAAUAUUUCCAAACCUAGCAUCAUUUUUGGUCCCUGGGAAGAAGGGCCCAAUGCAAUAUUUGGUUUUUGUUUUAAUUAUUUUGUCUUGUGUAAUUUUUUUUUUUUUUAAAUAACAUACGCCUUGGUCCGACCUUUUUUUUUUUUUUUUAAUUAAUAAUAAGACCGUUUUCUUUUGGGGCAAUGUUUGUUUGCCAAACCGAACACUUCAUUGCAGAAAUAAUGACCUAGGCUGAGUCGCUAACCAAAAUUUUGGACAUAACAUGGGCUGCGUUUUCAAUUAUUGGGGCUUCUUAAAUGUAAUUCGCUUGGUUACAUUUUUAGGACUUCGACGCCACUGCAUAUGUGUAUAUAUUUUCAAUAAAAGUGCAUUGUAUGUACGUGGUGUAUUAUCGUAACAAAUUUAUGUAUUUUAAAAAUUUAAUUUUUUUGAAUUAAAAACUGUACAAGAUUGACUUUAACUGUUCUUCCUGAGACCCCAAAAAUAAAUGUAUAGUCGUAAUUAAAUACGAUCGGUAUGCACAAGAUUAAAUUUUCGGGAGGAUUUUUAAAUUAAAUCAUCUACUGUUUUAACUACGAAAACAACAAGCAUUAAUUCUUGAAAAUUAUGAACAAUGCUUUUUGAAAAAUUUCGGGACCGGAAGGGGGAGGUUGACCCCGCUCAGAUACAGCUUUGAUUAUGCACGAUAAAAUAUUUUAUUUUAUAAGACAGUGCGUCGUUAUAAUUGUACAUAAUAUCUCUGUUCUUGCGCUUAUGAAUUCAAAGUUGAGAAACGGAAACAAUAACAUUAAUAAUAUUCGAGCGCAAAAUAUUAUUGUUGCUAGAAAACAUAAUAACGUUGCAGCGUUAAAGAAUCUCAAAAUUAUACUUAUACAUUUUAGUUUAGUUGUUACCGUACGUCAAUAACUAUUACGACGAGCUUCAACAGUUACGUAUAUGUUGUACAGGUAUGUUCAGUUAAAAACUAAGAGGAAUUUAUUGCAAUAAAUAUUAUUAUUUCGCUAUGUAUGAUUUAGUACUCGGAAAUGCUCGGAUAUUGUUAGUAUUUCUGAACUGUAAACGUGAGACCCGAUUAUUUGCCUCGAGAAUUCGCAGUGUACAAACCGCUCGAUGUGAAUGGUCAUUUUUAGUACGAUGUAUUAAAAUCGAAAAUACAUCCGAGUGAAGAUGAAACAGACCGUUGCAGAAACACUCUGUGUAUACAAGAUGUCUCUUUUUCUACAUGCCUAAUAUUGCGAAUGACUUUAGGUACCGCGUAAUAAUAUACAAUUAUUUGAAUGAUAUUGAAAAUAUAAAUAAUAUUUUACUCAGUGUCCUACAAAAAUAAAUGGUAUCUAAAUAAAUAACAAUAUAUACGUAUAUGGACAAUAUCACAUAUUAUACAAUGGGCUCACGUAUUGGCUUUUAUACAGGCUUUAUUUAUUUUAUUUUUUUUAUAGGAGUUCCUUCGACGUUGAAUUACAUACCGUUGGACGUGAGCUCGACUCAAUCGCCGAAAUUGACUCCAUACCCGAACUGGGCGUACAACAGAGAAGGUAACUGCGAUGGAUUGACGACCACGUACAGAGUGAAGGCCGACAGUUGCGGCAGACUUUGGGUUUUGGACUCCGGAACCGUUGGUAUCGGUAAGUGUAAAUAUUCGGCCUUUUUUCGUGAAAAUGUAAUCGAUAUUCUUAUAACUGCAGUGUUCGGUUUUUUGUAUAAAUUAAUUUUUUGACGUUUUUUUUUCUCGUUUUACUUUUUUCCUUCGGCUAUUCAUAUUAUUGUACACUAAUGAAUUGCGGGGAUGGUCGUUUGUCAGCCAAAGGUUUUCACCGUGGUCGUGCGAUAGCGAAGUUGCCUUCUCCCAACCAUCCACAGUCGCAUUCAGGUCCGCGUUUAUAGACUUUUACAGCGCGUAUCGCCGAGAUUAAGGUGUAAGGAACGUAAACGACUAAGCCGAAGGAAAACUGAAAGCAGUAGCCAAAUAUAUCUAACCAUAUACCUGGCACGAAUCAUCGCCUAUCAUUCCACCUCACCCCCGCCCGUGUCUUCAGACAACAAAAUCGGUGCUUGUUAAUCAAUCAAAAGGUGUGUGUGUGUAUGUGUGUGUGUGUGUGUGUGUGUGUGAUGUUUUUUAUUCAUAAAUAAUUGGAUUGAACAAUAAUUUCACGGGAUUCAACCUCGUACGAUAGAUUUUAUAAACGGGAUAUUUACAAACACAGUUUUUUUUUCGAAAAAGAAAAGUGGUGUAGAGCAACAUACUUGUGCGGCAAUUUGAAAUUAUAAAAAAAUAUACAUACAUUUAUUUUUUUUUUUUUAGUGUUAUUUGUAGUUAAAAAUAUCUUGAAAAUAUUUACAGGAAACACCACCAAGCAAGUGUGCCCGUACGCCAUCCAUGUGUUCGACUUGGCUACCGACAAAGUAUUGAGGAAAUACACUCUGCGCCCGGAGGACACCAACGCCAACACUUUUAUCGCUAACAUCGCCAUCGAUAUCGGAUCCAAAGGUUGCGAGGACACGUUCUUGUACGCUUCGGACGAAUUGGGCUAUGGUCUGAUAUCGUACAGUUGGGAAUUGAACACAUCGUGGAGACAUACCCACAGUUAUUUGAUGCCCGACCCGUUGGCCGGAGAUUACAAUAUCGGAGGUAAAUACACAUUAUCACGGCCUCAAAAUAUUAUAAUGUUGUUUUUUUUUUUACUUCAGAAAUCAAUAACUUUUUUGUUCAUCGCAUUUGCAGGUAUAAACUUCCAAUGGGGCGAAGAAGGAGUGUUCGGUAUCACUCUGUCUCCGUUCACCGCCGACGGUUUCCGGCUGUUGUUCUUCCAUCCGUUAGCUAGCAACCGCGAAUUCGCCGUGUCCACGAAAUUCUUACGUGACCCAAAGAUCACAUCCGAAGAAAUCUAUCAUGACUUUGUCGUCUUGGAAUCCAGAGGCCCCGGUGGUCACGUGACCGCUCAUUACAUGCACGAAGACGGCACGCUUUUCUUCAAUUUGAUCGACCGGAACGCGGUUGGCUGUUGGAAUUCUCGACUUCCGUACGAACCGAAAUACUUGGGCAUCAUCGAUUCCGACGACGAAGCCAUGAUCUUCCCCAGUGACGUCAAAGUCGACGCUCUGAACAAUCUGUGGGUGAUUUCCGACCGGAUGCCCAUUCAUCUGUUGUCCAAACUGAACUUCAACGACAUCAACUUCCGCAUAUUCUUCGCGCCCUUGGAAACCGCUCUGGCCGGUACGGUUUGCGCGAACGACUACAGUUACCACAGUUACAAUCACGUGAAAGAUCGAUCGUGGAACAAACAUCACGCCAAAAACGCGUACUAUCAUUGAGUAUUAACGAUGACCGAAGAAUAGUAAUCCUUAAAACGUCCAACAUCGCGUAUUUUUCGCAAACAAAUACGAUAAAAAUUUCCGAUUUCCAUUGUAAUAUAUUAUUAUAGUAUUCUUACACGAGUACAUAUUCUAUUCGUAUUUUGUAUUAUGUACAUUAUCAACAUGUUAAUAAUUUUUAUCUAACGCACGAUCGCAUUGAAACUCGAUUAACACUGUACAGCACUUGUUUUAUAGUAAUAUUAAUAACAUUUAGUUUUAGAUCAGGAAUAUUUAUUUGCACCGUAAGAUAUUUGACAAAUCGCCAAGUCUUCGUAAUCUACAUGUAUCGCCUGACAUAAUAUUAUAAAAAAUAAUCAUAAUCUCUUUUUAACCUGAUCCAAUAUAUGUACAUCGAAUUAAUGUAAUAUGUAAAUAAUUAUUAUAUGUCACAGUUACCAUGUUUUUUAAAAUGUAUUUUGUUAGAUAAUAUAUUACCUAAUAUUUAGAAUAUAUUAUACUCAUAAUAAUUUUGUACGUGGAUCUUUAUGUGAACAUAAUAUUAUGUAUUGUUUAUGAUUUUUAUUUUUUCGAUAGUUUACAAACAACGUGUCAUUGAUUUACGUGUAUAAAUCAAUUUUUUGUUUAUUAAAUAAUAAUUUAUUUUAAAAGUACCAUAUAUGCUAUACAUAUUUUUAUAAUAUACUGCUUUUAUGAC